UCUCGUAAUCUACACAGGUCGUACUUUUUUAAGUUUCGACCCAAUCCCUCUUGCAACCACAUGCUAUCGCUAUAUUCAACGUGAGUUUUUAGGUGAUCCGUGAUGUUCAUAAUGAGGCAUUUUAAGGCCUCAUAUUCCUAAGAUGAAACUAUUUUUCUGCAAAGAUGGGGCCCUUUUUGCCAGUAUUUGAAGGGGGCCCACCGGCCACGGUUCAGACAAAUUGAUAAAGUCAUUGCUCUAAACAAUGGAAAUCUAGACUGGACGUAGCGAUCUCUAAAUAAACUUGACAAAGUGAAAUGAUCUUUCUCAACAGAGACCCCGUUCACUCUGUGGCGUGCAAAGAUUUUCCAAGUAAAUUUCAACCCGUUUACACUAGGUUGAAAAUUUUACCAAAAUUUGCCAUGCGUUUGAAUUUACCAGUCUUUUGAACUUGAGGCUUGCGCAAACAAUUGUGCAAUAACAGAAAAACAACCAGGCCAUUCCUCGCUUCUCUUUUCAAAGCCUCCUCGAGCGGAUAAAAGCCAUUCAAACUGCAAGAAUUUUCAAAGAGGGCCUAAAACAAAUAUGACAAUUACGCAAAAACUGGUCGAUAGUCUUUGCUCCCAUGAAGUGGGGAUUGAGAGGGGGGGGGUUAUACCUAAAACUCUAUUUAGCUAUUUCUGUUCUGAAUUUUAGAAAAAGUGGUUAUUAGCUCCCCCAAGCUGAAAAACUAUCCACAGUAUCAAAAUAACUCUAGUAUCCAACAAAAAUCUCGUUUUGACAAAUAAUUUUGGUGGUUUAAGCAAGAUAUUGAUUUAACGUCAAUUUUAUGUUGCGCGUUGUGAUUUUGACGUCAUAUUGAUGAAAAUUGAAAUUUAUAGUAUGAAGAUACCGAUUCUAUUCAUUCUCAAAUCUUAGUCAACGAGAGGAUACCAUAUCUCUGCUUAUUGCAAAGUAUUUCGACAAAUCUUCACGACAACUUGCAUAUUUGCAAAGAUCAUCGGAUAUACUUGUUUUAAAUAAAGAUUGGAAUUCUUAGUGAAUAAUGAUGAAUACGUUCUGGAAAAUCGCACAAACAACGGUAACGUUUGCUAUCGUGGGUUAUGCCGCUUACUUAUGGUAUGACAUUUGGAAAGAAGAGCAACGAAAGGCCGAAUUACAAGAAGAAGAAGCAGAAGCUGAAGCCGCAGCCGGGAAGAAGAAAACAGCUUCAAAAGGAGGAUGUCCUGGUCGCGAAAAUAUCUCUUCUGGCAGGAGUAAAAUCGGUACGGAAAAGGAGAGGGGCGGUCAAGAGACACGAGGAUUUUGUGGUUUUAAAAAGGGCUUCCUACUUAAAUGAAAGUAUUCUAAGGAAUAUAAGAGCAGAAGAAGGAAUACUACAGUCUUUUGGACAUUUGGUUAUCUGGAUUUUAAGACCUAAGUUCAAGAAGUUUAUUAUUUGGGGUGAAAACAAAAAGAAAUUAACUGAACAUGGCAGCGAAUCAACUAUUUUGUCUGCGCUGUAUCACUACGGGCUCGUAUAUGGCUUCAACAGAAUUAAAGACGCUGCUGUUCAGCCCUCUAGACAACAUACUAUACCAGAGGACAUUCAGGAGGAACACUUCCCGUCUCUAUGCGUGGUACCAACAGAAGCCUCCUUAGAAGAUAAUAAAAAUGUACAAUUUUGAAU